CCUCUAUUGAAAAGGGAGUGAGAGAGUGCACGUCCAGACGAGAACAGAACACGCUAGGCCCCGCCACAAGAACCCAUUAACACAAGAUUUCAAUUGAGAAUGUCCACCACAGCUGUUCCAGUUGAGCACCUGGUAAAUGGGUUCACCAUCAUCAGCCAAAUAAUCCCAGCACACAAUCCCAGUUCAUUUCCAAUCCCAGCGGAAAAUGAACAAAAUGGAGCCGCCGCUGUAGCAGGACCUCCCACCUUCACGAGAAUCACUGAUCUAGGUCCACUUGGAGGCUUCCUGAAAGCAGAGCCGAAAGCUCUGGGGACCAUCCAAAUAAUGAUCGGUGUGAUCACGCUCUUGUUUGGCAUCGUGUUGACGGUCAACAUCAGCACCAUCACUGUCUACACUGGUAUUGUUUACUGGGGAGCUUUGAUCUACAUCAGUGCUGGCUGUCUAACAGUUACAGCGCAGAACAAGCUUCGCCCAUCUUUGGUGAAAGGCUCUCUGGUAAUGAAUGUGUUCAGUGCUAUAGCUGCAGUAACAGCCAUCAUUCUCAUGUCCUUGGACAUGGCUUUUGGGCCACUGAACCGAUGUGGUCUUGUUGGACGGCAUAUUGAUUGUUUCAUUGACAUUUCAUUGUUUCACAGCCGGACUAAUGGAAUCAGUGGAGUGCUGCUGGUUUUCUCUCUGCUUCAGCUCAUCAUCUCCAUCUGCAUCUCAGCGUUUGGAUGCAAAGCUGUUUGCCACAAUGAAAUUCCAGAGCUAGCUGCAGUCGGGAAUACAUUUACGAUUCCCAUCCCUGUUCCAAGUCUCGAGAACUUACAAUUGUGCUCCAACAUGGAAUUCCCACCUGAAGAAAGCCCUCCAGCAUACACAGAGAAUGCUCACUGAAAAUGAAU